AAAAGCUUGGCUUCUCCGUUGUUUACGUUUCGUCGUGAAACGAAAUUGCUGUGAUUUCGGGUCAACAUCAUGUCGUCGAUCAGAAACGAUGAGGAUGAUCUACUAAAACGGCGAAUGGUACCACGAGGACUGCAGAAGCUUAUAGAACAAUGUCUAAAAAUUUAUCCCGACCAGACCAAUCCGCUUCAAGUUACAACCGUGCUCAAAUAUUGGCUCGGCGGACAGGAUCCGUUGGAUUACAUCAGUAUGUAUAACAAUCCUGGAGAUCCAGAUCAAAAUAUUCCACCGCAUUGGCAUUACAUUAGUUUCGGUCUCUCGGAUUUACAUGGCGAUGGGAGGGUACAUUUACCCGACACAAUUGGUGGAAUGGAACCGCGCUCUGGAAUGGGAUUCGAGUUAACGUUCCGAUUAGUGAAAUCAGCGGAAAAUGCAGAAGAAAGGCCACCAACCUGGCCAGCAAAUCUGCUGCAAGCUUUGGCUAAAUAUGUGUUCCAAUCGGGAAAUAGGCUCUGCUUCGGGGAUAAUAUCCCCUGGCGCAGGCCAUUAGAUGGUAAAUCAUCUAGCAUACAGCAUAUGUUGAUUGCUGAGGAUCCGCAAAUGUCCCGAACUGAGACUCCUUUUGGUUGGGUUGAUUUUCUCCAAAUCGUGGGUGUUACUAACGAGGAACUAGAGCAAGCUUCGCGUUGGAAUGGAAAGGGUCUUCUAAAUUUACUCCAGAAUGAUGUGAUUACUGGAGGUUCAUGGCUAAUUACUGAUAUGACCAGAUCGAAGAGUGUGUUUGAGCUAUUCCCCGAGACUCUUCGACAGUUGGAGUGUGACCUGGAGAGAGAAGGUUCCGAUCUUGCCGGCGUUAACGCGGAUUUCACGUUUAAAGAGCUGCCCAAAAUGGUAACCGUGAAAAAAGAAGUUUUCGAUACAGAGGAUGAAAUAUCCAAAAGUAUUUCCUCGUGCAACAUCGAAAUAAAGAAAGAAUUCAACGAUGGACUGGAACAUUCCGGAUCAUCCGACAUGGUCAAUCCAUUUCAUCAUUCACAGAUUCCUUCUCGAGUAUCACCACUCAAUGGGAUUGAGCUUACGUUGGCACCAUAUGCUGCAAAGUUUCUUAUUCUUGCCAUCAAAGAUAGAAUACGACACGGUCGACAUUUCACAUUCAAAGCGCAGAAUAUGGCCGUUACUUUCGUAGCAGAAUCGGUUACCGGUGCCAUUGUAAACAAGGAUGCACCCUACGGCGUUUUGGGGUAUUGGGUCCAAAUCCUAAUCCGAAACUCGCUUAUUCCCAAGAUGCUGGAUGCAUUAAUCGAUCUGAACAAAAGCUCGGAUAAUUUGAAGAUACCUUUGGUUUACGAAUGGCCCGAGUACAAUCUUAAAUUCAUCAUCGAUAAUCCACCGCCGGAGCUGCUCAAUCAACAGGGACCUAUCUUAGCCUAAGAUGCCUCGAGUAACUGCGAACUGCUAUAGAUCAAUUAGGUUAGUUACAGUAGGGAUAAUGUUCUUCCGAUUCUAUAGUAUUUUAUAAAAUAAGUUUUUGGAAUAGUAGGAUCUUUACUUUUAAUGUGCCUUGAAUCGAAACAAAUUUUAAAAUAUAUUUUGAUAGUAUAUUGUUUAAAACUCA